GCGGAGGCGCGGGGCCACCCGCAGGCCGAGCCCGGGGCGGACCGCGACAGCCGACGGACAGCCGCGGGCCGGGAGCCGAGCGCCGGCGCGGCCAUGGAGAAGGCGCGGCCGCAGUGGGCCAACCCGCUGCAGUUCGUGUUCGCCUGCAUCUCGUACGCCGUGGGCCUGGGCAACGUGUGGCGCUUCCCCUACCUGUGCCAGAUGUACGGCGGAGGUAGUUUCCUCAUCCCCUACCUCAUCAUGCUCGUCGUGGAGGGGAUGCCACUCCUGUACAUGGAACUGGCGGUGGGGCAGCGUAUGCGGCAGGGCAGCAUCGGCGCCUGGAGGACCAUCAGCCCCUACCUCGGCGGUGUCGGGGUCGCCAGCGUGCUGGUCUCCUUCUUCCUCUCCAUGUACUACAACGUCAUCAACGCCUGGGCCUUCUGGUACCUCUUCCACUCCUUCCAGAACCCCCUGCCGUGGUCUGUCUGUCCCCUGAACGGCAACCGCACGGGCUACGACGCGGAGUGCGAGGCGGCCUCCUCCACGCAGUACUUCUGGUACAGGAAGACGCUCAACAUCUCGCCGUCCAUCCAGGAGAGCGGGGCCGUGCAGUGGGAGCCGGCGCUGUGCCUCAUCCUGGCCUGGCUCGUGGUGUACCUGUGCAUCCUGCGGGGCACCGAGUCCACCGGCAAGGUGGUGUAUUUCACCGCGUUGCUGCCCUACUGCGUGCUCAUCAUCUACCUGGGCCGGGGCCUCACGCUCCACGGAGCCACCAAUGGCCUGAUAUACAUGUUCACUCCCAAGGUGGAGCAGCUGGCCAACCCGCGGACCUGGAUCAACGCGGCCACCCAGAUCUUCUUCUCGCUCGGCCUGGGCUUCGGCAGCCUCAUCGCCUUCGCCAGCUACAACGAGCCCUCCAACGACUGCCAGAAGCACGCCAUCAUCGUGUCCCUCAUCAACAGCGCCACCUCCAUAUUCGCCAGCAUCGUGACCUUCUCCAUCUACGGCUUCAAGGCCACCUUCAACUAUGAAAACUGCUUGAACAAGAUGAUUCUGCUGCUCACCAAUUCUUUUGACCUUGAAGACGGCUUUUUGACAGCCAGCAACCUGGAGCAGGUGAAGGACCACCUAGCGUCUGCCUACCCAAGCAAAUACAGUGAGGUGCUCCCAUACAUUAAAAACUGCAGCUUGGAAUCGGAGCUAGACACGGCCGUCCAGGGCACUGGCCUGGCUUUCAUUGUCUACAGCGAGGCCAUUAAGAACAUGGAGGUGUCCCAGCUGUGGUCAGUGCUCUACUUUUUCAUGCUGCUGAUGCUGGGCAUUGGGAGCAUGCUGGGGAACACGGCGGCCAUCCUCACCCCUCUGACUGACAGCAAGGUCAUUUCCAGCCACCUGCCCAAGGAGGUCAUCUCAGGUCUGGUGUGCCUCAUCAGCUGUGCCGUGGGCAUGCUGUUCACCAUGGAGGCCGGGAACUACUGGUUCGACAUAUUCAACGACUAUGCGGCCACGCUGUCCCUGCUGCUCAUCGUCCUGGUGGAGACGAUCGCCGUGUGCUACGUGUACGGGCUCAGGAGAUUUGAAAGUGACCUGAAGGCCAUGACUGGCCGCGCUCUUAGCUGGUACUGGAAGGUCAUGUGGGCCGGCGUGAGCCCGCUGCUCAUCGUCAGCCUCUUCGCUUUCUACCUGAGCGACUACAUCCUCAGCGGCACGCUGCGGUACCAAGCCUGGGACGCCUUCCAGGGCCAGCUCGUGACCAAAGAUUACCCCGCCUACGCACUGGCUGUCAUCGGGCUGCUCGUGGCCUCCUCCACCAUGUGCAUCCCCCUGGGUGCCCUGGGGACUUUUAUCACGCGCCACCUCAAGAGGGGAGACCCUGCCCCGGUGGCCUGAGCACUCGGCUUCCUGGCCACGCACCGUUUUACAGACACUAUUAACAGGCAGAAUAUUUUUCACAAUAUUUAAGCCAGGAGUACCCUGCCUGUCAACUGCCUGAGUCUCCACAGAAGAAUCAGGAAGGUGUGGAGGGAGAAGACUCCCUCGGGAGGAGACACACCCCGGGAGAAGCUGCCUUUUGUCCCUCUGCCUGCCCUGACGGCCAUGCCACCGCCCCUUGUCACCUAGGGAGGCAGGUGCGAAGGCCAGUCCUGACAACAGUUGCUUUCUCGAUUCUAGGACGGCAUCUUAGAGUCAGGGCACAUUGUGAGCUGAAAUUGGACUCUAAUUCUCAUGGGACCAGAUUUAAGCAAUUUGGUGUUUUGCUGAAGAGACACUCAAAAUCUUAGAGGGCGCUCACUGUGUUUUGAAGUGCUUGAGAUGACAUAUUUGAAUGUCAUUUGUGCAAAAUUAAUUCUUUUUCUAGUCAUAGUGAAUACGCGAUAUCUGUGUCCCCCCUUCCCCCUUUAAAGUCAGUAUGAUUGACUGACCAUAAAGAAAGAUGACCUUUGUUUGCAGCCCCGAAAGCGGCUUACCUUUCUCUAAUCUCUCAGUGGGCCCAGGAGCAGCCGUCUCUACAAAAUUGCCCCCACUCUUGUCUGCAACCCCAAACCACAGGAGCCCGUGCGGACACCCGCCCACCGUGUGGCAGUGCCUGGGCAAAGGUAUCGGACGAAAGUGGAUCUCAGUUUCCCGCAGACUUACUGUUAUAUUUUUGACAUCAUGGCCAACUCUAUAAAGACCACAAACAUCACCCACAAUCAAUCUUAAAUUAUCCAUCUGUACAUAAGUUUUCUAAAAUGUGUAUAAUUCAAACAGAGCAUCCUAUAACUGAGUACGCACCGUAUUUAUGAUGUAGUACUAGCCCACCACGCCAAUUUGUCUUUUUUUUUUUUUUUUCACUGCAAUAAAGUAGGCCUCUAAAGUGAGAGGGUCCUUUCCUCUCACUGUAAUGUAACAGCGGUUCACUGAGAUCACGCGAUUCAGGAGAGAAUUUUGGGGUAUAUUCGUACAGACAUCUUUGAAGACACUUAUAUGCUCAUGUGGGACAUCAGCCAGAGAUAUUUUUUUUUUGUUCAUGCUGUAAACUUUGCUAUGGCAAAGACAGGCAUCAGAAAGGCCUCCGCUGUCUCGCGCUACCGUCUCAUCAAUACUUGCAGCUUCACCUCAUGUCCAGUUAUAAAAAGAGCAUUUGACUUUCAAAUGUCGGAACCAGCAUUCACUUGCCACACAUAUUCAGUCUUCUGGUUUCGCAUCAGACGGUUCCUUAGCGUGGAAAGCCUCAGAGACGGAGGCUUGCCAAGUGGGCGCACUCAAUGGCAAACACAGCACGGCGUCUGCUCCUGAAUCCUUAAGGACCUGUCCCCUCCUCUCAGCCCGCACAUGUGGUCACUGUCUGGUGACACUGGGACCACCGUCUCCUGGGGUCUGUCAUCAGGCAGGGUGCGUAAGCUUCGAAACACCAGGUAUCCUCGGGAGCGAAAAGGUACAUGUCCCCCACCUCGCCAGCCAUCCCAGCCACCUGGGAGCAUCUAGAAGCUCAGAUACCCCGGCCACACCUGGGACCAACCACCAGGCCUGCUGGCGGCAAGACCUGGGCCUCAGUGGCUCUUGAAACUCCCCAAGUGAUUCCAAUAAGCAGCCAAAUCCGAGAGCCAGGCCCCAUGGAAGAAAGAAGGAAAAUGGGUAGCACAUUUAGGGAUGUUUACAUCAAAGAUGACUUUUAAGAAUUUGAAGGCAUUUUGAAGCAUUCCCAACUAUACGGAAAAGUCACUUCUACGGCAUAAUUUUCGCUCGUGGAAAUCAGAUGAACGAGGCGCCACUGUCAUAGAAUAAUGUGCUCCAGAUGAAAAUGCCUCAAGUUUAAGUUUUCAGUCUGGUUUCUAUGAACUUCACGAAGAGCAGCACGUUUACCAAUAAUCCUCUUGAGGCAGUAAAUCCUGUCUCAAAAUUUUUUUUUUUGCUGUUUCCUAGGCACUGCACAAAAGUGGCCAUACUGACAUUUGUCCACCCACCCUCCAGUAAGCUGGAGAGAAAAAGGGACAUUCCAUCCUGCACACCUAACAGUCACCACAACAUCACCGCCAGAUCCUGGACUCUGAAAAGCUUUCUAUUUUUACCAGAACUUAGCUCUAAGAAAUCAAGUAGGGAACUAUUUGGGUUUUUUGUUUUGUUUUGUUUUGUUAGCAAUUGUCAUAGUAAAUAAAAUCCUAAGCAAGUAUAUCUAUA